UAUACAUAUAGUUUUAUUAAAAAGUUAGGAUGACCUCACUUCCGAAAAUACUUCCGAAAUUAUUACCAAAAAAACCUCUGAAUGAGGUGAAAGUUUGGGAACCGGAGCCCCCUCCACAAAGCGAACCCACAGUAAUUACAUUACGCCAAUGUUUCACCACAAUUGUGGAUCGCAAACCGCUGCAUGUGUCCAUGAGCUCAUUGCGACAUAUUUUGGCCACCGAUUUGAACGUUAAUAUUCUAACGCUUCAAGUAGGCAUGGACAAUGUUUUGGCUGAAGCAUUGGCACAUUACAUGAAAUUGUGGCCCGGAUGGAGUCGUAGUAGCGAAUAUUUCACCGGUCAAUUGCUGUUUAAAAAAUGGUUUGAGAAAUUUCGCCAAUACUUGAUGUAUAAGCUCAAUUACAUCAUCAUGAAAAGUCAGUCGUUGGGCCUAGUUGAUAACGACGUUGAGAUCGUAGAACCAAAAGAAAAAAAAGAUUCGCUUGAUGCUGGAGUCCAGACGGAUCCUGUAGUUUAUAAUAUCAACCAACAAGAGAACAAGCCUGAUUCUCCAUAUAAGCUGUCCAUUUCAGGACCACCUUAUAUACUGAACACUUUAGUCUUUGUAAAACAAGGAAAUGACAUUCUGAUUAAGCAACAUUCAGAGAGACCAUGGACUGACCUUACUGUUAAACAGUUGAUGAACUGGCCUCAUGUGGGUAUUGAGAUAAAACUGCCAGACUUAAGUAUCUCCAGAAAAAAUAAUCUGGAGUAUAAAAGAUAUGUAGGUUUACAUUCUGAUAUUAAAAAUGUACCUCCACUUAAUACUACCACAGAAGUAAAAGAAGUAAAGGGUUGUUCAUUUGCCGUAUUCUCAUUCGAAUUCAUUCAGACCUAUAUAAGCCAAUUCUUAGAAAUCGUUAAAAAGUGUCCCAAAGUAAAAUCUGAUCGGAUUGAAAUGUUAGAGCACUUAUUUGCGGAUUAUUUAAAUGACGUUAAAGAAGCAAAUGUUUACAAAAACACGGUUUGUACAUAUACCAACGUCAGUUACCAUAUUGGUAAAUCGAUCUACUUUAGGAAUAAGAGGAUUAUGUCCACUGUCGGAAAUAAAAAUGAAAUUGUCAAUUUUUACGAAUUUUUUGCUCCUAAAGUGGAAUAUGGUAUGCAGUACUUCAAAGCAGUGUCGGAUGUACAAAAGACGGGUACGAAUUUUAGAAGUUUGAAUAGACUGAAGACGUCAAUUGCAGAAAACCAACUGAAAGAGUUGGAAGAGUUCGUUUUUAUAAUUAAUAAUACGUGUAUAACUUUUUUAUGUAUUUUAUGUAAAAAGAGUCAUUCAGGUCCGUAUGCAAAACAAUCGUUACUCAAUCACUUUAAGCAAGAACACAAACUGGAACAAUCCGUGCUUUGCUUUAAAUGUCGAAGACAACACGAUGUUCUUACACUUAGUGCAGAUAGAUGGAAACAUCAGUGCAUACAUCCAUAGUGUUAUGUAAUUGUACUCCCUUUAUAAUAAUUUCUUUAUAUUUUACUUAUUUUUAACGAAUAAAUAUUUGUUUAUCAUGUGCA